AUGGCUCUCGAGUUGUCAGAUGCGCACGCUAUCCUCUUAGCCACGAUACUCUGCGCAGAUGGUAACGUGGCUGAUCUGCCCAUUCUUCAGGCGCAGUUUCCUCAUUGUUUUCCAUUGGAGCGCCUCCUGCGCAUUAUCCUGACCUUCCUCCCGGAGAGUACAGAGCCCUGUCACUAUACCUCGGUGAUUCAAGAGCUGGCCAAUAGCUCCAAAACUGUACCCGCAGACCGAUCCAUUAAUACAUCGGCCGUUCAAGACUUAUCCGAAUCGGUUGCCCGAAAGCGCGUACGGAAGCUUAACCUACGACCACUGCAACGCCCAGACGAGGAAGAGGAUGUCGCUUCCGCAGACCUCCUAACUCAAUUCAUUAUCCAUCGGGCGCACCUUAUCGACUCGGAAACAGCACUCCAGCCGCUGGUCCUUGAACUCGUUCUGCCAUUCUACGAACACUCGCCAGUACUUCGAACAUGGCUGAUCUCGAGCCUAUUACCAUUGCUUCGCCUCAACUAUGAAUACUAUGCGCAUCGCGACGAGACAAUAUCACUGGAGAUUUUGGAGUCUAUGGACGAUCAGACGGCUGUCAACAUUCUCUUGUCUUUAAUGAGAUUCGAAGGAAGCAGCAUGGAUUUGGUCAAUAACUUGAGGGGUCUGAUUGGACCGUGGUUUUAUGGUGGCAGUCGAUCCAAACGCCGGAGACUCAACGAGGCUGCUGCGCAUAACUCGGUGUCUUUCAUCGAAGGAUCAAAGACUCAGUCAGCCGAAUUGGCUGGUUGGGAACAUGUGAAUGAAUGGCUCCUAUCGAGAAGUCUUGUGGACCGCGAGAGUAUUGUGGGUGCAUUUACACAAUGGGAUGGACCGUCAGAUGUCGACCUGGGAGGAUAUGAAGAACCCGGUAUUCAAAUUCCGAGGGAAAAGGCGAAAGAACUCCAGACUAGAUACUGUCAAUCCGGUCUGUCUGUGGUAUAUGCACAUGCGGAUUCCUCGAUGGCUGUGCUAGAGGGAUCUUUUAAGGUGUUGGAACGUGUUGCUAAGCUACUUGACUUGGAGGAAAGCUCAUACCUAAGCUCAGACUCGGUGCUGCCAUCCGUUCACGUUCACUAUGAUGCCGAUUCGAUUUCAUCGACCUCCCGGGCAUCACUGCUGCAGAACGCCCUCUUGAGGCCGACCAAUCCUCUUACUCAACCAUCGCCAGCAUCAAUCUCAUUGCUUAGCGCUUUGCUUAUGUCCCUUCGCAUAUUGACCGAACUUGGUCAUCUGGUUCCCUGUCGUGUUGCAGCAAAUAUGUGUCUUCACAGCACCGAGGAGAUGCAACUGGCAGAACUCAAGAGCGUGGUCAACUCUACCGUGAAGCAACCCAGGUCAUAUCAAGAAUGGCUGUCGGUCCGGGAAAGGUUGCUUUGGCUUCGAGACUGGCAAGCCGAACAGUCAGAAGGUUGGGAUGAGCCUUCACCUUAUCACGGACUUUUCUGGAGGAUUUCACGGGAGACGGUUGAAACAGAGAUCCUAAAGACUCUACUAGCAGCCAGAGAAUUUGAAUUGGCCGUGGACCUGUAUACUAGCCCCAAAGAAGCACCGUUGAGUGCAUCACAAGUGGAAUCCGCCGUCCAAGUUGCUAUUUUCACAGCGUAUGACAACGCAAGUAAUGGCAACCGAACCCGCGGAGGAAUGAAGAGGGCAUUCGACAUCUUACAAGCAUUCCAACCACACUUCCCUGGCUCUGUUGGGUUCAAACAAACGCAUGCUCUCAUCGCUGCAACUCACGCCCUCUCAUUUUACUCCCUUACUCUCCAACAUGGCGUUCCUUUCCAGCCUGUCAGCAUCCGCGUUCACCAUGAUCCUCUUGUCUUGAUCGAGAAGGUCCUGGAGCAAAACGCAAAGAGCUACACUAAGCUGGACGAUCUUCUCUCCAUCGGACGCAACUUAGUAGCCGCAGGCGUGCCUAAAAACACCACCGCUGACGCCGAAGAUGACGUAUCUCACCAGAAGCCCUCAGAGGAAUCUAUCCUCCUCACAGCCGAACGUCGCAUCACCUCCCUGGCAAUCGCCUCCGCCCUAUCCUCAAACGACUUCGGCACAGCCUACUCCUACAUCCUAACCAGGCUAACACCCCCAUCCCUCCUUUCAACCUCCUCCCCACUCCUGAACACCCCCGCCGUCCCAGACGACAUCUCCUGGCGAGCCGUCUACAACGCCGGCCGCUACCGCUCCACAACCCCAGUCAACCCAUCCCCAACCCUCCAAUCCCAAAUCACCCACCUCUCCCAAAGAAUGGAACUCCUUUCCCUAGCCCUCGUUCUUGUCCCCUCUCCAGACCCCCUCCCCGAAAUUUUAGGCGCCUGGCGCCGCUGCGACGAAGAACUCUCCUCCCUCCGCGCCAGCGAGCAACAAGAAGAAGAUCUCUGGGACACAAAGGGCGACACCCUCUCCUCAGUCCCAGGCGGGUUUGGACCUUCAGACUCAGAGCGUGACGCCUUCGACACCGAACAGCAGCGCGCGGCACGCCGUGCACGUGCCCAUGCAAAUAUGAGCUCGCACCACGAAGCGCCGAUGGGCCUCUUCGAAGUUGCGCGCGGUGCAGCACUCGCAUUGCACAAGAAUGCCUUCCCACUUCGCGGAGCAGCCGAUUCAACGGGUCACGGUCCAGGCAUGAAUUUCGAUGCCGGCGCAGAUGGAGAUCGACCACUUUCUCCUGAUAGCGAGAGUCGUGUCCGGAAGAGGGAUUUGGUCAGCAAUAUGGUGACGGGUGGUUUGGUUAGUGGUAUUGGGUGGGUUUUGGGUGCUGAUCCUGUCAACAAGUGA